CGCCCCAUGAUGAAAGUAGUGAGUGUGGUUUUUGCGCUGGUCGCUUUGUGGAGGAUAAGUUUGGCGAGCAGGAGACACUGUCCCGACCUCACCGUGGAGAGCUGUGAGUGCGCAGCAGAGCGCUCCGGGACGCUGAACCGGCGCAGCGCGCGCGUCACCGUGGCUUGUGAUGAUGCGGAUCUGACGGACACGCUCGAACCUCGCGCGCUGCUCAGCACCACCACCUCACUGAUCCUCAGCAAUAACAAAAUCUCAACUGUGAGAAAUGGGUCUUUCUUCGGCUUACGCUCGCUGGAGAGACUGGACCUGAGGAGUAAUUUGAUUAGUACAGUGGAGCCUGGAGCAUUUCGUGGAUUGGCUAUGCUGAAGAGGCUGGAUCUAUCAAACAACCGCAUUGGCUGCCUUUCUGCCGAGAUAUUUCUUGACCUUGGCAAUCUUUCGAAGCUAAAUUUAUCUGGGAACAUCUUCUCCAUGCUGCCUGAAGGGCUGUUCAUGCACUUGAGCUCCCUGCGAGUUCUACACUUCAGCACAGAUUACCUGUAUUGUGACUGCCAGUUGGCGUGGUUGCUGCUGUGGGCCAGAGCCAGAUUUGUACGAGUGGGAAACGAAACAGUAUGUGCGUAUCCUUCACACCUCCAUGGCUUCCCAGUCCGUGGUCUCCAAGAACACCAGCUCACCUGCGACCCUCCUUUGGAGCUUCCUCUGCUUCAGUUGAUCCCGUCUCAGAGGCAGCUCGUAUUCCGGGGUGACCGACUCCCGCUGCAGUGCACCGCCUCCUACCUGGACCCCUCCAUUACUCUGAGCUGGAGCCAGAACCACUGGCCUGUACACACACAUGAAGAGAGAGGAGUCUAUGUGGAGGACAGCAUUAUCCAUGACUGCUGCCUCAUCACCAGUGAACUAAUCCUCUCCAAUGUGGAUGCUGAUGUUUCCGGUAAUUGGCAGUGCCACGUGACCAGUUCCCGUGGCAACAGCUCCAUUGGCAUGGAGAUUGUGGUUUUGGAGACAUCUGCGCUGUACUGUUCUGCAGAAAGGGUGACCGGCAACAAAGGUGACUUCAGGUGGCCUAAAACCCAGGCUGGUUUAAUGGCCUUUCUGCCCUGUGCCACAGCCUCCUACAGCUCUCACGAGAAGAGGGCGUGGCGUAGGUGUGAUAAGCAGGGCCGAUGGGCAGAGGACGACUACAAUCAGUGCCCUUACUCCAGCAAGUUCACCCGUGUGCUGCAUGAACUUACACAGAUACCAGUGAACACCUCCAAUGCUCUGCUCCUGGCCCAACAGCUCUCCACCAUCACCAGCAGUGCAGCAAUGUUUGGAGACAUGAUGGAUGUCAUCUUUGUCACACAUCUUGUUGAGAGAAUCACACGUCUUGUGGAUCGCGUCCGAGAACUAGGGGACUACGUGUCUGACAUUGCAAGCAACAUGAUGCAGGUGGAGGAGCACAUCCUGUGGAUGGCUCAGAACGAAGCUCGAGCCUGCACACGCAUUGUACAGUGUGUUGAGCGCAUUGCAGACCUCACCUUCAACACACACACCCAGAAUAUCUCAAAGGUCUCGCCGAACAUAGCUCUGGAGGCCUUCGUGCUCAGGCCUUCGAGCAUAAUGGGUUUGUUGUGUACGGUGGUGGCUAAUCCAGGUCAGAACACUGGUGCUGGGGUUUCUAGGGCUUCGGGAUCACUGGAGGAAACUCUCCUCAAUUUCAGAUGUCAUACAGCUAAUGCCACAGGAUCACCCAGAGGCCAGCUCAGUCAGAACGCAGUGGCUGUCGCCUCCAUUCAUUUACCGCUGGCUGGCUCUGCGCGCGCCUCCGCCUCCCGAUCUGUUGAUAACUCGACCUGCAGGCUGCAGCUGAUUGUGUUUCGCAAUGGAAAACUCUUCCCAUGCACGGGGAACUCGUCAAGCUUGGCAGACGACGGCAAGCGGAGGAGCGUGGCGACUCCGGUCGCUUUCGUCAAAUUAGAUGGCUGCAGUCUCGAUAGCUCCAUUCAGCCCGUGAUUAUCACCCUGAGGCACUUGGCUGUAGGCACAGAUCCCACCGCAGCCUACUGGGAUUUCGACCUGCUGGAUGGCCACGGAGGCUGGCGGGCGGAGGGCUGCUACAUAACGGGCUCAGCGGGCAACACCACUACUAUACACUGCACACAGCAUCAAAACUUCGCUGUGCUCAUGGAUAUGACGAAGAUGCUGUCGUUCCCUUCAUACCCAGGGGACUUCCUGCACCCAGUCGUAUAUGCCUGCACUGCUGUCAUGCUGCUCUGCCUUUUUGCUUCCAUCAUCACUUACAUAGUGCACCACAGUACAAUCCGGAUCAGCCGAAAAGGAUGGCACAUGCUCCUGAACUUCUGUUUCCACACAGCUCUGACGUUCGCUGUGUUCGCCGGAGGCAUCAACCGCAUCAAAUACCCAAUUUUCUGCCAAGCGGUUGGACUAAUACUUCAUUACUCGUCUCUGUCCACUAUGCUAUGGCUGGGCUUCACAGCUCGGAACAUCUACAAACAGGUGAUCAAGAAACCACCCAAGCCUCAGGUCGGAGAUGUGCCUCCUCAACCCCCCAGAUCACCCAUGCUGAGGUUUUAUUUAAUUGGCGGAGGAAUUCCCUUCAUUAUCUGUGGCGUCACAGCUGCCAUCAACAUAGAAAAUUAUGGCAGUGGAGAGCAAAAUCCAUACUGCUGGAUGGCUUGGGAGCCUAGUCUCGGGGCUUUCUAUGGACCUGUGGCAUUCAUCGUUUUAGUGACAUGUGUCUACUUCCUGUGCACUUUCAUCCAGCUGCGUAAACAUCCAGAGAGGAAAUAUGAGCUAAAGGUACUGUCUGAGGAGCAGCAGAGACUCUCUGUUGCUGAUGUGCCCCACUGCCAUCAUCAAGGUGAACCUGGCAUGCCAGGAGGUGAUGGGACCCGCUGUCAUGCUGGCUGCCCAGGCUUGAUCAACCCAUCUUUACUUGCCAAUGAGCACUCAUUCAAAGCCCAACUAAGGAGUGCUGCAUUCACACUAUUUUUGUUCUUAGCCACGUGGACAUUUGGGGCUCUGGCUGUGUCUCAGGCUCAUUUCCUGGACAUGAUAUUCAGCUGUCUGUAUGGCGCGUUCUCGGUCACACUGGGUCUUUUUGUGCUGAUUCACCACUGCGCUAAGCGUGACGAUGUCUGGCAUUGCUGGUGUGCCUGUUGCCCUGGUCACCAAGCUAAUACCUGUGAAGGGCAUGGGUAUGCCCAUGGGCGCCCUAAGGUCAAUGUUAAUGGGGAUGUACACAGGCAUGGGCAUGGGCACGGGCACGAUCACUGCCACUUGGACUCACCCUGCCCAGAAAAAUCCGUCCUCAGUCAUACACACUCACAUGGCUUGUGUAAGCUCAGUAACCUGCAGGCACAAAACCAUGUAACCUGCCUGACCCCUGUGAGCCCUGUGACCCCUUGCUGCUCAGCAAUCCACACAGAGAAGCUGCUGGAAGAGCGGCCUGUUCACCUUCACAGCUGUCUGAAACCAGGCAGGACUAAAGGAAGGCAGCGGGCAUCACCAAUUGGAGAGAGAGAGCUGGCUUUCCAUCUUCCAGCCAGUGCAGAUGCAGGCAGCGGACACAGCUCACCCACCGACAGCCCGCACAGCACCUGCCAACGCCAGGGUCACAUCUGCCACCUGGCCCAAGAUGAACACCAGGAGUGGCACCAUGCAUGCUCUCACCAUGACACUCCAAUGUGCCACGCUGCACUUUGCCACCGGCACACAUGCUGUACCAAGGCAGAGAUCCUGCCUUCGCCCCUGUGCCACACUGAGAGCAGGGAUCCGGGAACCCUCCUCUGUGGCUGUGGGAAGAUGGCUGAGGAUGAGCUCACAGUGCCGUGUCACGGCCAUGUUGAGAUGCACCCUCGCAGACAGUCCUUCCCACAGUGUGUACCCAACCAGAACGGGCUUCUCAAAGGAAGUGGACAUGAGGGGCACAUGUACCCAUCUGACAGCACGGGGAAUAUACGCACUGGACCCUGGAAGAAUGAAACUACUGUGUAGUUCAAGGGCUCGAUGAGGAUUCUGAGUUAACCACCUUCUCUAGGAUUUAAAAACGA